AUGACUAACCCCUAUGAAGCAGAUCCAGAUAAAAUCCCUCCAGCGGACUUAUACGCUGACGUGCCUUGUUAUGGUCGAUACUGCCCGAAACCUGAUGACUUCCACGUCGAUAAUCAGCAUAUCAACUCUCACACUUCAGAAUCCUUGGAAUACUGGGCGUCAGUCAUUAAUCUCUGCACCGAAGAGAAUCGGAUCUAUCCUGCUGAUGCUGGUGGUCGCGAUGUUUUCGCUCUAGGUAGCGUCAUUGUGAAAUCCAGCCAUCUCCACGCGACCGGAAAGAGACAAUCUCCGGAGAUUGACUUCUCAUACGCUGAUGCAAAUGAGAUUCGGGCAAUUGCUCUGGCAAAGACGGUCUUGAGUGGUGUCAAAGUCCCAGAAAUUUACUUUGCUGGAAAAAUCAAUGGUUGUCAAGUGCUCGUCCAAGAAAGGCUUCCAGGUGUUGGAUUGUCUGUUGCAUGGCCAUAUCUGUCCAGAGAACAAAGAAAAUCAUAUAAAGAACAGGCCAAGAAGAUAAUACGUCAGCUUCACACUAUCAAGCCAACCCAAAGACUUAAAGCUCGCUCUCAUGUUGUACUGGACCCCAACAUACUUAGUAACGGCCGGAUCAAUCCGUUAGAAGGAGACAUCAUUUUUUCAGCCGCCAAUCACGAUCCAGAUAUGAGCUUUAUGCAUAACGACUUCACCGAGUCCAAUUGUAUAGUUAACAACGAUGCAAUUGUGGGGCUUAUUGACUGGGAAAUGGCGGGAUUUUUUGGAUGGAAAACCGCAGGGGAAAUCCAUCGUCGGAUCAGGACCCCACAAAGAGAGCAUUUCGUGAAUGCCAACUUGAAAGAGGAACAGCUGCAGGAUAUGAUGUUCUGGAAUGAUUUAUAUGAUGAGGGUGCACCAGAGAGCAUUCGAUGA